AGAGGAUAGAACGGCGGUUUUGGUUUUUUUUUUGGUGUCCCGUUCCCGCCCGCUCUUGUCCCCACUCCCGCUGGCGACAGCCGCAUACGCGGGAGGCGGGAGCGCGCGGGCCCCUCGCGCUCGGGGAGCGGUGAAGCGUUUGGCGCCGGCGGGAAAAGGGGAGGAUGGCUGAAUCAGAACCUCAGGAAGAAAACUAUGAUAACAUGGUAAAGACGGUGGAGGAUUUGAACAGGGACUUAGAAAAACUUCUGGAGGAAAUGGAAAAACUAACAGUGCAGGCAGCCUGGAUGGCAUAUGAUAUGGUAGUCACACGUACCAACCCAGACCUGGCCAACUCCAUGAGGCGUUUGGAAGAUGCCUUCCUGAGUUGCAAAGAAGAGAUGGAGAAGAAAUGGCAAGAGGUGCUAAUGGAACCUAAAGGUGAAGAGCAAUAAAAGGAAUAAAUUUAAUUCAGUCAUACUGGCAGAACUACAUCCCUUGGAAAAUCACUCCAGUCUUUUUGUUUUCCAGUCACAGAGGUUUCACAAACACUGUGGAAAAUGGAUGUUUUAGUCUUUCUAAGAACUACUUACGUGUGUACAUCUGUGGCAGUACUUUAAUGAGAUUACACACACACACACACACACACAUAUAUAAGUAUACAUUGUUGAAGGUAAAAGGUAACAACAUGCAUGUUUUUAUGAUGAUCAUCAGUAAUCCUUGUAGUGUGUGUGCAUACGCAACUUCUGUGUCUUUCUUCCUGGAAGAUCAUACUCACUUUGUCAUCAAUAUACGUGGAAUUCUUUGUCACCUGAACAGAUGGGGGGGGCAGGGGAGGUGCAGUGGAACAUUGCAGUGAUGCUGCACCAGCACAUGCCUUUUAAGGAAAACAGAAAAAUUACUUUUUUUUUUUCCAAAUGAAAAACAGGUGAAAUUCUAGAUUUCCAGAUAGAUUUAGUUUGAUGUGGGGAUUGCCAACUAUGUGUUAUUACAGAAUUUUAUUAUUCAGACAGCUCAUAUGUAGUUGUUUCAUUGUGUUUCCUUGGAUUUUUAAAUAUUUCUUUGGCCUGGUCUUCCCAAAAAUAUUGCUCUUCUCAAACCCUCUGAAGGUAGAUCUCAUUUAAGAAAUAAAUUGUUUACCACUAUAGACUGCACUGUGUGUGUGUUGUAGUCUGUGGGAUUGCUGUAGAAAGCAAAUUAACCAAUGUUAGAAAACGUUUUUCUCUGUAUGUUCCUACUGUGUAAUAUUAAAAAAGAAAAAAACCCUA